AUGAGCAGCCCCACCGGUGGAAGUCCCUCGAAGAAGGGCACAAGCGUGGACAUGCAAAUAUUUGCUUCCAAUGGCAAUACGAUCGUGGACGAGAGUUAUGAUCCCCAUCUGCACCGCAACCGACCGCACCCGACGACUAACUUCGAAACGUUGGUCCACCUUCUGAAGGGAUCGCUCGGAACGGGCAUUCUUGCGAUGCCGCAAGCAUUCUACAAUGCCGGCUACAUCUCCGGUAUCGUUAACACGAUCCUGAUCGGCAUCCUCUGUACGUACUGUUUGCACGUGCUCGUCCAGGCGCAGUACGCACUGUGCAAGCGUCAUCGUGUGCCCAUUCUCACCUAUCCAAUCUCGAUGAAGAUUGCGCUUGAGGAGGGCCCGGCAUGUUUACGGCCGUUCGCACCAUACGCUGUUGUUAUCGUUGAUGGCUUCAUGAUCUUCUAUCAGCUGGGUAUCUGCUGCGUGUACAUAGUGUUUGUAGCGACCAACAUUAAGCAGUUGGUUGACUACUAUUGGUUGGAGCUAGAUGUGAAAAUCCAUUGCUUGAUACUUCUCGUACCACUGAUAGGUAUCAAUAUGAUACGCAACCUAAAGGUCCUGGCACCAUUCUCAACGUUGGCCAACCUGAUCACCUUCGUCGGCAUUGGAUUGAUAUUGGCCUACAUUUUGGAUGACAUCCCACCGAUCUCCGAACGUCAGCCAAUAGCUGAGCUGGGCAAAUUUCCACUCUUCUUCGGUACCACACUGUUCGCACUGGAAGCAGUUGGAGUGAUUAUAGCACUGGAAAACAAUAUGGCCACACCGAAAUCGUUUGGUGGUACCUGCGGAGUACUUAACGUGGGCAUGAUAGUGAUUGUCUUCCUUUAUGCCGGUAUGGGAUUCUUGGGCUAUCUGAAGUAUGGUGCUGAAUCGGCGGGCAGUAUAACACUUAACUUGCCACAGGAGGAGAUUAUGUCCCAAUCGAUCAGAAUUUUGUUCGCCGUGGCCAUCUUCAUUUCAUACGGUUUGCAAUGCUACGUACCGGUCGAUAUUAUCUGGAAUGUUUAUCUGGUGGAGAAGUACCGUGACUCCAACAACAAGCUGGUAUACGAAAUGUUGGUCCGAAUUGUUGUCGUCAUUACAACUUUCCUACUGGCCGUUGCCAUUCCACGAUUGGGUCUGUUCAUCUCGCUGUUCGGUGCAUUCUGUCUGUCCGCGCUGGGUAUUGCUUUCCCUGCAAUUAUGGAGAUCUGUGUGCUGUGGCCUGACAAGCUGGGUCCGGGUAAGAUCACACUCUGGAAAGACAUCAUAUUGAUCAUCUUCGGUGUCAUCGGUCUGGUAGCUGGUACCUACACGAGCGUGCGGGAUAUUAUUCUCAGUUUCAUGUAA